GACGCGACUUGUCGCGCGUGAUUGGCGGAAGCACAAAUUGCUUUGCGGCCUGCACGGAAAUUGCCCUCUUUUCGGCUUCCGCUCCUGGUCCAUGUGAGAGACAGGCUGCAGAGAUGAGCAUGAUGUGGGCAGCGGAGAGCCUUCAAGCUUUAAGCGAACAGAAAGAACUAGAGGAUUUACCAAAAGACUACCCCUCAAGCACCAGUGAAGAUGAGGGGGAAAGUAAUGGAGAGCGAAAACAUCAAAAGCUUCUGGAAGCAAUCAGUUCCCUUGAUGGAAAGAAUAGGAAGAAAUUGGCUGAGAGAUCUGAGGCUAGUCUGAAAGUGUCAGAGUUCACUGUCAGUUCUGAAGGAUCAGGAGAAAAACUAGUCCUUUCAGAUCUGCUUGAGCCCGUUAAAACUUCAUCCUCAUUGGCCAUUGUGAAAAAGCAACUGCAUAGAGUCAAAUCAAAGAAGACUGUGGAGUUACCCCUUAACAAAGAAGAGGUUGAGCGGAUCCACAGAGAAGUGGCGUUCAGUAAAACCUCACAGGCCCUCUCCAAAUGGGAUCCCAUUGUUCUGAAGAACCGGCAAGCAGAGCAGCUGGUUUUUCCCCUGAGGAAGGAGCAGUCAGCCUUUGCUCCCAUUGAACAUGUGCUCAGCGGCUGGAAGGCAAGAACUCCCCUGGAGCGAGAAGUUUUUAACCUCCUCCAUAAGAACAAGCAGCCAGUGACAGACCCUUUACUGACUCCCGUGGAAAAGGCCUCUCUCAAUGCCAUGAGCCUAGAAGAGGCUAAGGUGCGCCGAGCAGAGCUUCAGAAGGCUCGGGCCCUGCAGUCCUACUAUGAGGCCAAGGCUCGAAGAGAGAAGAAAAUCAAAAGCAAAAAGUAUCACAAAGUUCUGAAGAAAGGAAAGGCCAAGAAAGCCCUAAAAGACUUUGAGAAGCUACGAAAGGUCAAUCCUACUGCAGCUCUGGAAGAACUGGAAAAACUUGAAAAAGCCAGAAUGAUGGAGCGAAUGAGCCUUAAACACCAAAACAGUGGAAAAUGGGCAAAGUCAAAGGCAAUUAUGGCCAAAUAUGACCUGGAGGCACGCCAGGCUAUGCAGGAACAGUUGGCCAGGAACAAAGAACUGAUGCAGAAACUCCAGGUGACCUCUGAGAGUGAAGAGGAAAGAGGUACAGAGGAAGAGGAUGACUUUGUUCCUGAUGCGGUAAAUGAGGUACAGAUGACUGCAGAUGGACCAAACCCCUGGAUGGUCAGGAAUCACUCUGGUGAUGCGAAAGAGGCCGAAAUCCAGAAGGACCCUGAGAAACUUCGAGAACCUGUGGCCGACAAGGCUUCUGAAAGUGAGGAAGAAGAAAGACCAGUGGAAGAGGAAGAAAUUUUGUUGAAAGAAUUUGAGGAAAGGCGAUUGUUUAGGAAAAAGUCUGGGCUCAACCAGGAUACCGAGCCAGUAGGCAGACAAGAAACAAAAGGUUCUAGCAGCCAGGAGAUGCUGUCUGAAUUGAGGACACUGUCUCAGAAACUCAACAACAAAAAACAUCAGUCCAGGAAGCAGAAAGUGAGUUCAGUGAGGACAGUUCUGCUGGUCCAGAGAGAGAGACCUGCCGGGGAAGAAGAGGAGCCCUUGUUGCUGCAGAGGCCAGAGAGAGCAAAGACUCUGGAAAAGUUAGAGGAGCUGGGCAAAGAAGGCUGCUUUCAAAAUAAGGAAUGUCCCGGACCUGCGUUAAAAGGGCAGCAGUUGGAGCGGAACCCAGAUAAUCAGCCUGGUGCCCCCAAGGAGAAGAAGAGGAAGGAGCAAAUGAUUGACCUACAGAACAUCCUAACCACAAAAUCUCCUUCCGUGAAGUCUUUGGCAGUCCCCACGACAAUAGAGGAGUUGGAAGACGAACAGGAGAGAGAUCAAAAGCAAAUGAUAAAAGAAGCUUUUGCUGGGGAUGAUGUCAUUAGAGACUUCUUGAAAGAGAAGAGAGAAGCUGUGGAGGCGAGUAAGCCAAAGGACAUGGACCUGACUCUGCCUGGCUGGGGCGAGUGGGGUGGUCUAGGCCUGAAACCCAGUGCCAAGAAGAGAUGCCGGUUUCUCAUUAAAGCCCCUGAGGGUCUUCCAAGAAAAGACAAGGCUUUGCCAAAUGUGAUUAUCAACGAGAAGCGAAACAUCCAUGCAGCAGCUCACCAGGUGCGGAUGCUUCCAUAUCCAUUCACCCACCACCAACAAUUUGAAAGGACCAUCCAAACCCCUAUAGGAUCAAUGUGGAACACCCAGAGGGCCUUCCAAAAGCUGACUACACCCAAGAUUGUCACCAAGCCAGGCCAUAUCAUUAAGCCUAUAAAAGCAGAGGAUGUGGGCUACCGGUCUUCCUCAAGGUCGGACCUCUCUGUCAUACCGAGGAAUCCAAAACGACCCCGCUCUAGGCACAAAAAACAGCUAAAGAAAAACUCUAAAGAUUGAGUUGCUGGAGGAGUGACGUCUUGGUGGCCAGAAUCAGGAGCCCUAAUUGCUUCUCCAUUGGCCGUUUUACUCUGAGCUGCAGGAUCAAUUCAAAACUGGCUUAGCACAUGAUGGGUAUAGUUAAGCAGCAUUUUAAAAAUAAAGGCUUUUUAAUCUAUUGAA